AUGGAUCCUUCAUAUAGAUUCAUAAAAGAGGAGUUACCUACUGGAUUCAAUGAUUCUCCAUCACCACCAUUUUCUUCAACUUCCUCUUACCUCUAUUCAAUCUCCAUGGCCCCAAAUGAUGCAACAACAUCAACCUCUCCACAGCCAAUAGAAGGUCUCCACGAAUCAGGCCCACCUCCAUUUCUGACAAAGACAUAUGACUUGGUGGAAGAUUCAAGAACCAAUCAUGUUGUGUCUUGGAGCCAAGCCAAAAACAGUUUCAUUGUCUGGGAUCCACAAGCUUUUUCCAACACUCUCCUCCCCAGAUUCUUCAAGCAUAAUAACUUCUCUAGCUUUGUUCGCCAGCUCAACACAUAUGGUUUCAGAAAAGUGAAUCCGGAUCGAUGGGAGUUUGCAAAUGAAGGGUUUCUUAGAGGGCAAAAGCAUCUCCUCAAGACAAUAAGGAGAAGAAAGACAAGUAACAAUAAUCAAAUGCAACCACCUCAAUCAUCCUCUCAACAUCAAUCUCUAGAAAACUGUUGCAUAGAAGUUGGUAGGUAUGGUCUAGAUAGAGAGAUGGACAGCCUAAAGCGAGACAAACAAGUACUGGUGAUGGAGCUAGUGAAACUGAGACAGCAACAACAAAGCACCAAAAUGUAUCUCAAAUUGAUUGAAGAGAAGCUCAAGAGGACUGAAUCAAAACAACAGCAAAUGAUGAGCUUCCUCGCCCGCGCAAUGCAGAAUCCGGAUUUCCUUCAGCAACUCAUGGAGCAGAAAGAGAAAAGAAAGGAGAUGGAAGAAGCAAUCAGCAAGAAGAGACAAAGACCAAUCGACCAAGGGACAAGAAAUGUGGUUACUGUGGAAGAUUAUGAUGAUGAGGGUGGUGGUGGAGGUGGUUAUGGAAGGUAUGAAAAUGAUGAUGCUGGAUCCUCUUCAGCGUACAGGAAACAAGGAACGUAUGGAGACUUUUCUGGAUUCCAGAUGUCCGAGUUGGACAGUCUUGCUAUGCAUAUUCAAGGACUUGGAGAGCAGUUCACUAAAGAAGAAGUUUUGAAUGUGGAAAAAAUAAAUGAAGAAGGAGAACAAGAAGGGUACCAAAAGAAGAACAAUGAGAUUUAUGGUGAGGGUUUUUGGGAUGAUAUGUUAAAUGAAGGUCAAAAUUUUGAUUUUGAAGGAGAUGAAGAAAAUGUUGAUGUGCUCAUUGAACAACUUGGUUAUUUGGGGUCUAGUUCAAACUAA